AUGUUACCCGCUGUACCACAGACCCUCUUCCUGCCUUUCUCUCAGCCAGUCUACCCUGAAAAAGAUUUACGUUGUGAUUUGAACUGGUAUCUCAACUUAACUUGGUUCAUUGCCGAUUCGCGGUCCCCAGACAAAUCCCUUUGGUGGAAGUUUGCUAGACGUCACUAUGUCUUCGACACUAACCAUCGUGCAUGUGAUCAAUCAAUCACCGACAUUGUUCCGAAUAUAGAGUCUUUGGUUCAGCGUAGAUUCGACGUUGAAACACUUAUACACAGACUGAAAGAGAAUCGGAAUUUGCCAUUUGAGGAAAAGGUUCAAAUAUGGAAUAGAGUACUCAGCAUAGCUCGAAUUAUUGGUAUAGCGUAUUCGUAUUCUUUGCUGAUCUUAGCGCUUAAGACUCAGAUUUCAAUCUUAGCAGCAGAUGUGUGUUCGCAGUUCGAAGAGCCUCAUUCGCAAUCCUGGUGCUGUGGAAAUGUUUACGUCCUUUUUUUGAAACAAAUCGACAGUUAUCGAUGCUGGAUUCUACGUUCUAUUCUGGACUGGUUGCCCCGCUCACUGAUGCAGAUGUAUUCUUUUUUCUUUUCAUUUUUCCUCGUGUAUAUUCCCAUACUCUAUCUUCUUUUCCAGAGGAAUUCUCAAGAUGGAGUCAUGAAACUUCUUACUGGUUUAGUGAAGUCCAUGGAAUCGAAAAAGUUUCGUGAAACAUUGGCAAGUCUGGUAGACUUCUAUCUUACUGCAGCGAAGAUGCCAUCUGAACCUGUGGUUUUUGCUAAACUUCUGUCUUCGUUUUCUGACGUCUUUCAUUUUAUUUCUUCCCUCGAUUUCGAUUCGCCACUUCGAAAUGGUCUAUGUUCUUCGGACGUCCAUCAGUAUGCAAUGUUUGUUUUUAAAACAAUAUGA